GAGAGAGAGCGAGGAAAAUGGAGGAGAUAGGGUUUUUAGGGAUGGGGAUAAUGGGGAAAGCUAUGGCUAUGAACUUGCUCCGCCAUGGCUUUAAGGUCACUGUUUGGAAUCGCACUCUUUCUCGGUGUGAUGAGCUAGUUGAACAUGGGGCUUCUGUUGGAGAAACUCCUGCAGCAGUAGUAAAGAAAUGCAAGUAUACAAUCGGAAUGUUGUCUGACCCUCCUGCAGCUCUUUCAGUGGUUUUCGACAAAAAUGGUGUUCUUGAGCAAAUAUGUGAUGGGAAGGGUUAUAUUGACAUGUCAACUGUUGAUGCUGAUACUUCUUCGAAAAUCAAUGAGGCAAUUAUCUCUAAAGGUGGUAGUUUCCUUGAAGCCCCAGUUUCAGGCAGUAAAAAGCCCGCUGAAGAUGGGCAGUUAGUUAUCCUAUCUGCUGGAGAUAAGGCUUUAUAUGAUCAAGUACUUCCUGCUUUUGAUGUAUUGGGAAAGAAAUCCUUUUUCCUGGGACAGGUGGGGAAUGGUGCAAAAAUGAAACUUGUUGUUAACAUGGUAAUGGGCAGCAUGAUGAAUGCAUUUUCAGAAGGACUUGUGCUGGCUGACAAAAGUGGAUUGGAACAGCAAACUCUCCUUGAUGUGUUGGAUCUUGGAGCAGUUGCUAACCCAAUGUUCAAGAUGAAAGGACCUUCCAUGAUAAAAAAUAAUUAUUCCCCCGCAUUUCCUCUGAAACAUCAGCAGAAGGACAUGAGGCUGGCCCUUGCUCUUGGGGACGAAAACGCAGUGUCAAUGCCCGUUGCAGCUGCUGCAAACGAGGCAUUCAAGAAGGCCAGGAGCUUGGGUUUGGGUGACCUCGACUUUUCAGCUGUGUACGAGACUGUCAAGCACGCCCAGCCUUGAAUCUGAUAACACGGAUCUGUAUUUCAGAUGAGGAUCACUUGGAUAGGAAUAAAGACAUCACCCUUCGGGCCUUCUCUGUAACAUUUUCUUGUGUGAAAACUGCAUCCUCCUACUGUGGAUCACCUGGUUGUAUUCUUGAAGUUGCUUCUUAGUUGAUGAAUUGAACUAUGCACAGUAAUUGCAGAAUUGUCCCA